AUGGGAGCUCGAAGCGACGGUGAUGUUGAAAGUUCUCGUUGGAAUCGCGUGGUUCAGAAAGUGCUAGAUGUAUUUAAAAUACCAUCAUUAUACGAAGAACAAAGUGAAGCUUUACGGCAGUUCUUUUCGAAGCGAGAUGUCUUCGUUAGUCUGCCAACUUGCUAUGGAAAGUCGCUUAUCUACCAGGCGGUACCUUUUAUGGCCGACGUCAUUUAUCGUCGAAGUUCUGGAAGCAGUAUUAUCGUGGUGAUCUCUCCACUAAAAGCCCUUAUGGACGAUCAGGUCCGCUAUUUGCAGAAACUAGGCGUAACGGCAGUUUGUGUCACCGAUGAACACGAUGACAAACUUGUUGGAGAGAUCAUCAACGGACAUUACACGCAUAUUUAUGGUUCGCCUGAAUGCCUACUCACUUCGACAUGGAGAGGAAUAUUAUCAAGCAGACAUAUCAAAUCAUCAUUGGUGUGCGUUGCUGUAGACGAAGCACAUUGCAUCAGUCAAUGGGGCACACCUGGUGCUAAAAAAGGGGAACUGCCUUUCCGUAAGUGGUAUGGAAAUUUGGGAGAGUUACGGUCACUUGUUCCUGAUGAAGUGAAUAUGAUAGUUGCUACAGCAUCAGCUACAAAGGAAACCAAGGCUGUAAUUUAUGAAAGUCUGCAGUUGACUAAGAAUACUGCAGUUGUGUCCAAGUCUCCUGACCGAUCGAAUUUUGAUGUCAUUGAAAAUGUGCGCAUUAUGGGUACGUCUGCUGCUAGAACAAUCAUUUACUGUCAAAUGCGGAAGCAAAGUGCAGUGUUGUAUCGUGUGUUUGAGACAAGUCUUGGGCACAAAUUUUAUAUGGGUGGUGUGCCUAAUUGUAAAGCAUGCUUGGUGGAAAUGUACCAUGCCGGGACUCCCAAAGCAGUAAAACGCUAUAUUUCCAAAAGCAUGUCAGAAAACGAAGGCUGCAUAAGGGUGUUAAUUUCAACUGUUGCUUUUGGCAUGGGUGUCGAUUGUAAGCAGGUAAACAGGAUAAUACAUUUUGGACCAUCCAAAAACAUAGAGUGUUAUGUACAGGAGAGUGGUCAUGCAGGAAGAUAUGGAUCUCCCUCAGAGUGCAUAUUACUGUACAACGGUCUGCUGUCCUCACAUUCUUCCCGUGACAUUAAAGAAAUUCUUUACGAUGAAACUGGCUGCAGAAGAGAAUCACUUUCGAAACCGUUUGGAUUCGUCCCCAUAACAGUGAACAAUAGACAUACUUGUUGUGACAGUUGUGCUAAGAAAUGUAAUUGUGGUGAAGCACAGUGCCUGCCAGGUUCAGGUCUUACAAUUCUUAGCACAACAAAUGAGGAGUCUAAACAAACAAGACCUGUCAGUGUUCAACAAAGAAAAGAAUUAAAAGAAAAACUAAUUGCAUUCAAAAAAGACCUGAGUAAAGAAAGUUCAGAACAAAUGCACAAUACGGUCACCCUACCAACAGUCCUAUUGGAAUUUGGAACUCUCCAGAUUUUAAGCAUCCUAAGACAUUGCUACAAAAUAUUCUUUGUUUCUGAUGUAAUUCAGUACGGUGAAGUAUGGCGUGAGCAACAUGCAUGCAGAAUUUUGUCCUUAAUUAAUGAUGUAUUUGGUGAUAUCACCAACAUCUCAGUUUUAGAUAAUGACGAUGAAUCUGAGAUCAUUGCAGAUAUGGACUGGUAA